UGUACGCUAACUUAUCAAAUCAUGCAUGGCUAUCGGAAUGAGCGAGGCACCAGGACAAGGCGCAGCCUGUGCACUCAAAAGUCCGUUAUGUACCCAACCUGGGGCCUGGAUUCAGUCUUACCGAUCUUGAAACGAUUAUCAUUCGAUUGAACCGCAUGGUGGCUUAGGGCAGGUUGCUCUGUUGGGUCACGUGGGUAAGCACUUUGUUGGCGAAGCCGAAAGCCGCCUUCACCGCUAUCCUCCACGACGUUCAGCAAUGUCUAUACAGUACCGACAAGACAUGCCUCCACCCGGGGGCUUCGAGGCAGUCAAGUAUAAACGAAACCUUCCAUUUCGCGGACCAAGUGGACUAGUCAUUCUUGGAGCUGUGACAGCCGUGUGUGCAUAUGGUUUCUAUCGUGUUGGAAUGGGAAACUUGGAGAGAAGGGAACUUCAAAGAGAGAAAGUUUGGUCCCGCAUUCACCUCGUUCCUUUGCUAGUAGCGGAAGGGGAUCGAGAUGCGUAUCGUCGUCAGCAAGCUGCAUUGGAACGGGAGCGAGAGAUCAUGAAGGAUGUUAAAGGAUGGGAGGCUGGUAAAAGUGUUUAUAACAAUGCACGAUAUCGUUCGGCAGAAUCGAUUGUCAUUUUAUGAUUGGAUGAUUUUUAGACAUUCACAAUCAAAUUAUUAGAUCUUUUGGCGCGCAGUUGAAGAAGGUUCCAUAGAGGGGCGCCACACAGCAAAUUUAUAUCCAAAAGCGUGAUCUGAUCCCGCCAUAAUUUCUAUUAGUUCCCCCGGUGGCGAAUGGCGAUACACAAUAAGUGCCCAUAUCCUCGGUUCAAAGAUACUAGAAGUAGAACAUAGAAUUUAGGGCAGGUCAUCGUUAACUCUGA